AUGUCACUUACUGAGAGUCAACAGGAUACUUCAUACAAACAAAAAACUUCACAUAAUAAAACAACUAAUAAAGAUAAACUUACAAAUACGAAAAUUUCCCGUUUACUUAAAUUUUCACCUCAAAACAAUAUCAAUAAUCUUAACUUCUUAUUGAACGAAUUUAUUGAAUUGAUCAAUAAUAAUAUAAUCAAAACAAUUAUUUUUAUCAUCGUUACUAUUAUAGUAGCAACAGUUACAAUAACUAAAUCUAAUUCCAAAAAUAAUAUCGAACUCGUGAGCGAUGAUAUAAUAAUUAAUCCACCAACUAAUACUGAAGCAUUAUCCAUUCCAAGUCGACCUUCUUUUAUAAAAUUUAAUUUUGAAUAUUUGAAAGAUGUCAAUAAAACUCCAAUUACAAGGUACAUGCUUGAACAAAAAUAUUCAUCAAAAAUAAUAAGAGGGUUUGUACCUCUUUCAAACACAAAUCCAAUUCUUAAUGACUAUAAUAGUGUUCCAAAAAAUGGGAAGAGCAAAUACCAAGUACCGAACUUACCUAUAAUAGGAAAUACUAAAAUGAAAAGCAUGUCAAAGUUUCAUAGCUUUCGCAUGGAAUAUAAUCAGGAAGUUCAAUGUCAAAAAUUUUUAUACAACGGUAUUAUAGAAUAUUCCGAAAAUAAAAUGAUUUUAAAAGAUGACAUCCAAUUAUUAAGAAGUCAAUUACUAAAUAAACCAAAUAAUUGGCUAGCCAAAGAGUUGAUAGAUAAAAGGGAUAGAUAUAGGAGUGAAAAAGAAAUAUUAGAAAAGCAAUGGUUUCGAUUUGGUGGUUCAUCUGUAUGGUUAGAAAGUGAACAAUGCUAUGUGGUAUUCACACGUGUUGUGUACUCUAGAUUAGGAAGAAGGAAUCGUCCCCAUGUAUCGUUAGUUCGAGGUCAAGCUUUUGAUAAAGAAUGGAACGAAAUUAUUGGGAAGAGAAUUCCAUACCUUGAUGUUAAUCGAAUUCCAGAAUUUCAAAAUGAUAAACAGGACUCAAUUGGUUUAGACUUGAACAGCAAUGACUCUAAAUCACGAAUAAUAAUGUCAAGGUUUUAUGUAACUUACCCAACAGUCUUUGAUAUUCCUUUUGGAAUCGAUGGAGAUUGGAAUGGUCCCGAGGACCCUCAUAUUAUUUUAAGGAAAACAAAUCAAACAGAAGAACCUAUUUUGUUUUUAAACAUGUUCGAUACAGUGGAAGGUAAAAGAAGAAUGUAUAGCUAUAUGCCACAUAGAAGAGUAGAUCCAUUAAUUAAACUUACUAUCUCAGAUCGUAUUUUAAAACACCAGGAGAAGAACUGGAGUCCCUUUUUCCAUCCUUCUGACGCCGUUGCCAACGGGAUCUCGAGGGGUUCUAUCCAUUUCAUAUAUACAUUUAGUCCAUUAGAUAUUAUCAAAUGUUCUUUGGAUAAUGGUUCUUGUGAAAUGAUAUUUAAUGGAACUAAACCAAAUAAUAACAAUGAUUUAUCUAGCACACAAUUUGAUGGAAUUAGAGGUGGAACUCAAUUUAUACCAUUACCGAUUCAGAUACCAAGUCUGCAAAAUAAAACAAUUUUGGUUGGAUUCCCUAAGUUACACAUUCAAAACUGUGGUUGUGGUGAAUUUUUUUAUCGUCCAAUGUUAGUUGUACUUGUUGAAUCCAAAGGAAGUUAUAGAUUAGAAUUAAUUGUAGCAACAAUUGAUUUUGAUAUUGAUGUAUUAUCUUGGGAUAUGAAAAGCUCAGAAUGUAAAGAGACAAACAUAAUGAGUCCCAAUUCAAUAGUUCAUUGGAAUGUAUUAUCUCAUGAUCCCAAUACUAAACAAUAUGAUGAUUAUAUGACAGUCACCAUUAGUGAAUCUGAUUCAUUAACAAAAAUGAUCACAUUGAGAGGUAUCGCCGAUUAUAUCUCUGGUAUAUAUAACCGAGAUGAAUCUAUGAUGACCAAUAAUAUGACUGAUUAUAGUGAUCUGAAUGUUAUAUCAUGUGUUUCUAAUGAUGCUGAACAAACUUGUGCUGCGUAUGGACGCACACAUCCAAACACAGAUACAUUCCAUUGUAAAGAUAUAUUCAUUACUAUUUUUGAAUAUAUAUAUUACAUAUGGAUUACUACCAUAUGUACAUUAUUUCCAUGA